CAAAACAGAACAGAAGCCAACAAUUUAACUUGUAGGAGGAAGAGGCCCUCCUCUAAAGUUAAAAAAAACACAGCAAGCUCUUCAUCUUUCGCUCACAGAAAAAAUGGCAGAGGCCAUAAUAGGUUUCACUAUGCCCCGACCACCUACUCACAGCCCUACUCUCCACCAGACAACCAAACUAAUCAUCUACCCAUUUUCAAAAAGGCUUAAGCAGUAUUCAAGUUCUUGGUCUAUCAAUGGUUGGAGUCAGAAUGAAGGCAGCAAGAGCAGGAGAGGCUCUCUGUGCAAAGUGAAUGCUUUCCCAGAUAUCUUUCCUCUUAUGGCAGUUUUAGUUGAUCAUGUUGAAGGUCAAAGAGACAUAAUAACCCACAAAUCAGUUUGGCAUCUCAAUGAUGAACAAAUUAAGAACGUCUAUGCAUUUUACAUAAUGUUCACUGUUUGGGGAUGUUGUGUGUUUGGAUCCACAAAAGAUCCCUAUUAUGACUCAGAGUACUAUAGGAAAGAUGGAGGAGAUGGUACAGGACAUUGGGUCUAUGAGAAGCAAGAAGAUAUUGAAGAGUCUAAUAGAGCAGAGUUGUGGCGUGAAGAGUUGAUCGAAGAGAUUGAACAAAAGGUAGGAGGACUAAGGGAGUUGGAAGAAGCUGGAAAGAAGGAGGAGGAGCUCGUUAAGUAAAUUCUCUAUGGGCCCAGUCUGUUGGGCUUGAGUCCAGUUAAGGAUAAUCCACUUUCUGGACCUUUAUUUAU